AUGGCAUUCGAUGGGCAUACCGUACCACCUGUGAGCGUCGAGCAGGGAACGUCGAGCAUCGCAGCGCCAGUCUCGCCUACCUAUUCCCCAACCGAAGGUUGGAGCUACCGGGGCGACGAUGUGCCUGCCUCUUCAGCCUGGCAAGUUGGGUACUCUGCGCCUGAAGGGUGGACUUACCAAGACAAUGAGGUGCCGAUCUUGCGGCAGCCCUACCAUUAUGCCACGGCGGGAGGCCGGAGUCAACAGGGCAACGGGCCCUAUACGUCGAAUAUAGCUGCCGCAUAUUCCACCGCGGAGGGAUGGACCCAACGAAACGAUGGAUUCCUGGCUGCCGACCAGCCCACAGGAGUGGUGUAUCCGAGCAAUGACAGCUACAUCUCCGCCUCUCAGCCAGCGAACUACUCCAAAAGUGAAGGGCGCAUAUAUGAGGCCAAUGAAGGAUAUCAGCAGCAACAACAACCACAUCAAGAAUACUGGAGCCAGCAAAGCGGUCAACUUUCGGCCGAUGAGAGUAUUUACACAGUAAACGAAACCCCCGCUCCAGGUCAACAACAUACCCAGCAAGACCUUCAGACUUCAAACGACGAGAUACGUUCCGUGGAUCAUGCGACACUCGCCCCACCACAACAAUUUAACCUACAGUAUCUUCACCUUACGGCAGAUGGGUCGGCGCAGGAGUCCGAGGGUCCCUAUGCUCGCGAUACUAGAGUAUACGACAUCAACGCCUUUCGCCCACCGUUCCAGACUACGCCCUACAUGCCAGACUACUCAGAGUAUCUGCAUGGGACCCCUAGCGGGACUCCUGCCGCUGAGCCCGACAGGCAGGAACCCAUAUACCCCAUCACGAUAGGACGGCAUCCGAGAGAAGACAUCUCUCCAUGGAAAUGGAGGAUGUUGCUCGUUGCAAACAACCUGCUGACGAUGGUUAACGGAUACGAUGUCAGCAACGUUGCAAACAUUCAGGCACCCGUGUAUCAUGCCUUUGGUGGCAUUGAGCUGUUGCCGUGGGUCGGUCUGAGCUAUUCGGUCUGCAAUAUUGCCAUGAUACCACUAGCCCGCAAGCUUUUCCACUUUUAUGACUUCAAGGUCCUCAUUGUCAUCUCGAUGUUCUUCACGAUGGCUGGCACGGCGCUUGCUGGAGCUGCCCCGAAUCUGAACUGCUUGAUAGCUGGUCGAGCCUUGAUGGCCGUGGGAGCAAGCGUCAUCUAUCAAGGGAUCCUGAGUUUUAAUGUUAUAUUCUCAUACCCUCACGAGCUUGCCAUGGCGCAAGCUUCAUUGGAAGCUUUUUUCGCUGUGGGCCUUAUCCUAGGUCCUGCCAUAGGAGGCGCAUUUGCCGACAGCGAGCAUGCGACCUGGAGAUGGGCCUUCUACUUCGCACUACCGCUCUGUGCCAUUGGCCUCGUAUUGCUAAUCAUCAGCUUUCCGAAAUACCGAGUUCCGACCACCAAGUCGGUAACACAGUUCCGCGAAAUCGACUGGAUUGGCAACUUCCUCCACAUGGGGACAUUCCUGCUCUUUGGGUCGGCGAGCCUGUUUUCUGGAGGGAACUGGCCUUGGAACUCAGGGUCCGCUAUCGCGAUAUGGAUUGUCUUCAGUGUCGUGGCCAUCGCGUACGUGGUCCAGCAGACGUUCAGCAUCGGGACUGCACCGGAGCGGCGCAUCUUCCCGUGUUACCUGAUGGGGAAUCGCACGGUGCUCCUCACCUUCAUUUGUACGGGUUGCGCCGCCAUGGUUUAUGGCGUGACCCUUUACUAUACGCCAAUUUUCUACGCGUUCACGCAUAACCGGGGCCCGCUGGAGGCGGCUGUGCGCUUGCUGCCGUUUAUCUCAGUCUUUAUCGUCAUGAUCUUCGUCGCUGGGGGUCUUCUGCCAGUUGUUCGUGUGUACAUGCCGUUUUACGUCGCCGGCGCAGUCUUCAUCCUCGUCGGCGGAGGCCUUUUCCACACUAUCAAACCGAGCACAUCCGAAUCAGCUGUCAUGGGAUUUUCGGCCCUCAUCGGCGGUGGCGUAGGCAUCAUCUGGCAGCUCGCCAUUCCUCUCUGCUCCGUUGUCCUCCAGGAACCGGAAGAGCGCCUGGACCAAGCCGCGCUGCACAAUAUGGCGCAACUAGGCGGCACCGCCAUCGCGCUCUCCAUCGCCGGGGCUGUCUACCAGAAUGUCGGCCUCCAGCUCUUGAAGGAUGCCGUCGGCUUCAUGGGCUUUUCGGACCACGAGAUCCGCGAGUUACUGGCCGGUGUGUAUUCGCCGAUACUUGCGGGUGGCAACCCGGCUGUUCUUGCGUUGGUCGUCGAUGCCGUAACCGAGACUAUUGUCCGGUGUUUUUAUCUGCUCAUUGCGGCGGGCGCUGUCUGCUUCGUGGCUGCGUGCUGUUUGAGGAUUGAGGCGCUGCGGUUUGUUAAGCGCGGGGCGACUAGGGUGGUGGUGGUGGACUUGGAAGGGCAUACUGAGCUUAAUGUGAUGAAGUAG